GCCUGUGGGAGCUUUAGCCACUGGUUUUGUCAGACCAAAGGUGCACUUGGCCUUAAACAGAAGGAGGGAGGGCUGGAACACUCUAGAAAACAGAUUGCCUUAAUCACAGUGAAAAGGGGGGUAGGCAUUGAAAUGGAUAGUGAUACUGCUGCUUUAAUGUUACCACUCAGCCCUUGGAAAGAUGGGGGAAGGUUGUCAGCCUGCUCUUGGUGCCCAAAGGAAGAGUGGAUAAACAGGGACCAUAGAAUCAUGGAAUGGCUUGGAUUGAAAAGGACCACAAUGCUCAGUUCCAACCCCCUGCUGUGUGCAGGGUUACCAGCUACCAGACCAGGUUGCCCAGAGCCACAUCCAGCCUGGCCUUGAAUGCCUGCAGGGAUGGGGCAUCCACAGCCUCCUUGGGCAACCUGUGCCAGUGCCUCACCACCCUCUGUGUGAAGAGACUUUCAGUCUCUGUAACAUGUUUGUUACACUGGCUUCGUUUCAGCCUCGGCUUGCUCUUCUCUAAAGAUGUUUGUUUUAAGUGUAUCUGUUUAAAAAAAAAAACAAACAUUUAAAAACACUUAUUUUAAUGUUAGAGUGAAGAUAGACCUGAAAAUUUCUUUUCAGUUUGAAAGGCAUCUGUGGUAAAAGGCCAUUAAAGUGAGGUUGUGAGGCUGAAGAGCACAGUGAGAGGAAGAGGUGGUGGCAGGGAGACUGUGCAAAGUAAGCAAUGGAAUCAGACAUAAGUGGGAACGAACAUUUUAAAAGCCAGUUUAAAGCUCUUCAGGUACAACAGCAGAGAAGACUACAGAAUCUAAUGGAGAGGAAGAAGGAAAAACAGAACAGUCAGAAGGCUAACAAUGGCAACGGAAAGGAGACUUUCAACAUCCUGACUGAUCUAAACUUGUUUGAAACAGAACAACCUGUAACCGAAGAUGACAGCAAAAGAUUGCUUGAGGUUGAGAAUGAACAACUCCACGAUCAGCUUCGAGAGGUCCGGGAUGAGAACUGCAGACUGUACAAACUGGUGACAGAGAAAGAUUUUGAAAUAAAGCAACUGCAGAAAAAAAUACAGGAGGAUCGAUUGGCUUUGUCAGGGACGUCUGGUUUAGCGGGGGAUGUGGCAGCUACUAAAAUAGUUGAACUGGCCAAAAAGAACCGUGAGAUAAUUGCUGAGACUGAGAGUGAAAAAGCCAAAGUGAAGCAACUGAACAACAAAGUCAAGGAGCUGGAGAGAGAACUACAGACAGCUGUGGAAAAAAUACAUUCUCUUGGUGGCAGUGAUGCAGGAAUCAAGCAAACAGCUCUGAAGAAGACAGAAGGAAACUUGGCUGAAAGUCCAGAGGUGAAAGCAUUGCAAGAAAAAUUAACUACAGCCAACUUCAAAGUGCUGGAGUAUCGUAACCAGCUGCAAUCUGCAAAACAGGAGCUGAAGAUGACCCACAAGCUCUUAGCAAAUGAAGUUGGUGAGGAUGUGAAUAUCCAAAGUCUCCUGACCAAUUCUGGCAGCUGGCGUGGGCGAGCCCAGCAAAUUCUUGUUCUCCAAAGGAAGGUUAGAGAGCUGGAGAAUCAGUUGGGUCAAAACAAGAGCAGAGCAUUACUGAGUGAAACGGAUGAGGAGCUGCUGGCUCUUACUGACCUGAGGAAGCUGUCAGCCCAAGAGAAGAACUUGCUGAAAAUUCGCAGUUUGGAAAAAGAAAGGAAAGAUGCCUUGGAGAAACUCACUGUGGAACACGAUGCCCUCAAAAAAAAUCAUGAGGAAGUGAAAAAAAACCUCGAUGCAACAAAAGCCAGGAACAAAGUGCUGUGCAGCGAAGUGAAAACCUUGAAGGGACAGAUCAUAACCCUGCUGGAGAAAGGAAAACACGAUGAUGAGCUCAUAGAUGCCUUACUGAGCCAGCAGAAACAAAUGCAGGAAAUCUUAAAGCACCUGAGCCAGCAGGACGAGAAGAACAAAGAAUCCCAGCAAUUGCUAGGACAGCACUUGAACAAUGAGGCUCAGAAACAAAACUGCCUUAUAGAGCAGCUCAGGCAGAUGGUGGCUGAACGAGAAGCAAAGGUUAAAGAGCUGGAAGAGGAGAUUGGGCAACUCACACUUCAGAAGAAAUCUGCCCAUCAAGGGGACAAUUCAGGAGCUGUUGUUACACCACCCUGUGCACAAUCAGAAGAUCUACGUUUUUGUGGGCUUAAUCCCCUGACAUCAGCCAGUGAUCAGGCUGGAAGGAUUGCAUCUGCUCGCACGGUGUCCAAGAUGGGCCAUAUGCUUAUAGAAUCAGCAGCUACCAAACCUUCCCUUCUCAGUAGCAACAUCACACCUGGAAGGCUUGCUGGCAUCGACAGCCUGGAUUUCAAAGUGCUGCAAAUGCAGAUCACAGAGCACAAGGCCCUGUGCCAGGCUGCAGAAGUGGAGAGAGACAGGCUCCUGGAACUGGUCGCUGUGCUGCAGAAAAGGAUAGAAGAAGGCAGUGACAAAGUCUUGGAAGCUGAGAAGAGACUUCAGGAAGAGCGGCGGCGAUGUGUCAUUUUGGAGCAGCAGCUUGAAAAACUACAAAUGGAUCCAGGGAGGCUCACAAGUACACAGAAACCUCCUCUGAGGAGCAAAACAGGUCAGUCUGCUGGUCAGUCAAGGCUGUCCUUGAACAUGAGUGAUAGGAAGGAGCUCUCUGCAGCCCAGCUGUCCAAGCUGCCUCUGGAGUCACAGAUAGAGGAGCUCAGCACAAGGCUUGUGAUCCAGCUGGAUGAGAAUGAAGCUCUGAAGGCUGCUUUGGAGACUACUGUGAGAAAGAAAGAGGAAGACUUUAAGCUGUACCAAGACACAAUGGACCAAGUGAAGGAUAUCUUUCUACAGGCCAUUCGGCAGCAGAAACAAGAGAAGAGUUAA